GAGCAAAGCCACAGCAGUGUGAAAAGAAAGCUCUGCAAGGUUUCCCCGCCUGCUGCUUGCUCUGCCCUUUGAGCUGUGGGGAGGAGGCAGAGGACAGGACUGUCCAGGGGGUGUUUUCCUCCUCUGGGCUGCCUUUAAAGUGACCAGCCAAUAGCCCCAUAGAAUCUGGGCCCUCCUUGCGCACAUGGCAGAAUGCAGACUUUCUACUCCCUGAGCUGCAAGCCCCUCUUGCAGGUUUGCAGAAACAGCCUGGAUUUGGGUGUUGGUGCUUUCUCGAGCAUGUUCCCAGCAAGACAGCUUUUUCCACUGCGUUCUUUUCGACUCGGCCGUGGAAAAUGCUUCCCAGCCAGUUCUGGCUCCCUGGCCAGAAUUCAGCCUGGCUCCUUCUUGAAAAAUUUUGAGUCCCAAAGAAUUCUCCCUCGCCACCGCCUUGUCUCCAACUCCAGCUUCAAUGUCCCACUCAGCGCAGAAACAGUGGCCAGGCCUGUGGGCGUCUGCUCCAUGUUCAAGCUCCCCGUUCAGAGUUCGGCAGAAGGCCUGGAUGUUGCUUUUGUUGGGGUGCCUCUUGACACAGGGACCUCCAAUCGUCCAGGGGCUAGGUUUGGUCCCCGCCACAUCCGUGCCGAAUCGGGGAUGGUGAGGUGGUUCAACCCAAGCACUGGAGCAGAUCCGUACCAUUCUCUCAUGGUUGCUGACAUUGGUGAUGUAAACGUCAACUUGUACAACCUGAAGGACAGCUGCAGACAAAUCCGCGAAGCCUUCCAAACGAUUGUGGGAGGGGGCUGCGUACCACUUACGCUGGGUGGAGACCACACGAUAACGUACCCGAUCCUUCAGGCCGUCGCAGAAAAGUACGGUCCUGUUGGGCUUGUGCAUGUGGAUGCUCACACAGACACAGGAGACCAAGCGCUCGGGGAAAAAAUCUACCAUGGGACCCCCUUUCGGCGCUGCGUGGAAGAGGGCCUCCUGGACUGCAAGCGGGUCGUUCAGAUUGGAAUCCGAGGCUCCUCUUAUUCUCCAGACCCAAGCAAGUACGGCCGGGACCAGGGUUUCCGAGUCGUGCCAGUAGAAGACUGCUGGAUGAAGUCGCUAGUCCCUUUGAUGGCGGAAGUGAGAAAGCAGAUGGGCAACAAGCCCGUUUAUAUCAGCUUUGACAUCGAUGGCAUCGACCCUGCCUAUGCCCCUGGCACGGGGACGCCCGAAAUUGCUGGACUCACUCCUGCUCAGGCUCUGGAGAUCCUUCGUGGAUGCCGAGGACUAAAUAUCGUGGGAGGGGAUCUAGUAGAAGUUGCCCCCAUUUACGACGCUUCAGGUAACACAGCCCUGCUGGGAGCAAACCUGCUCUUUGAAAUGCUCUGCUCUCUCCUUCGAGUGAAAUCGGCCUAAACGAUUCCAGGCAAGCUUACUUUUUCCCUGUACGGAAGAGGCUCAUAAAGGUGGAGAGACCUGUUUCUGUCCUGAUACAGAACCAAGCCAACUAGAGAAACGAACGCUAGAGAAGGUUAUUCCCGUCCCUGCCGCAAAGUAACCCCAUCCCACCUCCAUUGAGGAAUCACCAGACCGGAUCGCCUCUUGGUCACACGUUUUAAAAUAAGUUUAUUUUAUCGGUUGCGAAUCUGUAAGUCUUUAAAGCAAAACCAAACCAAAAAUAGAAUUAGUGCCUGUUCACAAAUACAAAAUAAUAAUAAUGAAGAA